GGGGAGGGGCGGCCAGGUGGCGGCGCCGCUGCGGGGCCACUGGGCCCUGGGCCCUCGGAGCCCGAGCGGAGCGCUCGGCGACAGUGGGACUGGCCUCGCGGGUCCCGAGCACGGAGGCCGGCCCGCAGCGGACAGUCGGGGUGGAGGGCCGGGGCUGCAGCGGCUGCUGUGGAGGGGCGCGGGGCCGACACCCCGGCGGCCGUGGGAGCGGGGCGUCGGCACCUGGGCCGGGGGGAAGGGAUUACCUAUUUCAAAGGAACUUGGCGCUCUGUUUCUGGAUCUUUUUUAAAAAUUGAGAUAAUUCAUGUGCAAUUAAAUCCAUCUAAAGCGAACUGUUGAGGGGCUUUUAGUAUGUUCACAGGCUGUGCAUCCGUCGCCCUUACCUAGUUCCGAGGCAUUUCUCACGCCAGAGGGAAACGGCUCAGUAGCAAACUCUUCUUCCCACGUUCCCUGCCCGGCCCGCCUCGUCUGCCUUUUGAUUCUAUGAUUUUGCCAAUUCCAGUAACUUCACGUAAGCGGACUCACGAGGUCAGCCAGAAUGAACAUGUUUGCGACUGAGGAAACAAUUCUUGGAGGCCGUAACAGCCGGCCCUCAGCUGCUGGUGGCGACUCCGUGCUGUGCUUUGGACAGUACCGGUACACAGCAGAAGAGUACCAGGCCAUCCAGAGUGCUCUGAGGCAGAGGCUGGGCCCGGAAUACAUAAGUAGCCGCGUGGCUGGAGGAGGCCAGAAGGUGUGUUACAUUGAGGGUCACAGGGUAAUUAAUCUGGCCAAUGAGAUGUUUGGUUACAACGGCUGGGCACACUCUGUCACACAGCAGAAUGUGGAUUUUGUUGACUUUAACAAUGGCAAGUUCUACGUGGGAGUCUGUGCAUUUGUGAGAGUCCAGUUAAAGGAUGGUUCCUACCAUGAAGAUGUGGGCUAUGGUGUGAGUGAGGGCCUCAGGUCAAAAGCCUUGUCUUUGGAGAAGGCCAGGAAGGAGGCAGUGACAGAUGGGCUGAAGCGAGCACUGAGAAGUUUUGGGAAUGCACUGGGAAAUUGUAUUCUGGACAAAGACUACCUGAGGUCACUGAGUAAGCUGCCACACCAGUUGCCGCUGGAAGUGGAUUUAACUAAAGCAAAGCGACAAGAUUUUGAACCAUCUGUGGAACGAGCGAGAUACAGCAGCUGCCAACAGAAUGAGACUCUGGGACCCCCAAAAGCACCAGGGGUGACUUCCCCUUGCAGACCAAGCCACUCGGAUGACCCCCACAUGGUGAUGCAGGGGAACAAGGACAACGGCUCCCGAAGCCUAGCCUCCGCGGUGCAGAGCUGCUCUACCUACCAGCGGAAACUCCGGCAGAAACAGCUGCAGCAGCGGUUUCGAGAGCAAAUGGAGCUACGGCAGCAAGUUCACCCGCCUGCGCCCUCAGCUGAGAAGGCAGCUCUGCCGGUGCCUGUGAAGCACGGCAUUCCCGUAGCUGCUGUUCCAGAACCGCUCCCGGAGGAAGACUUCCUUGCAGCCAAUCUUGAAAUGUGGAAUAUGGCUCAGGAUGCAGGGAACGUUGUUGCCAAGCCCUUGUCUAAAUCAGAGCAACACCAGACCUCUGCCACACCAGUCCUGGAGAACCAGAUGGUCGCCCAGAACAGGGACCCACAGAGCCUUUGCCACCGGAAUCCACAAGCAAAACCUGGACCCUGGCACCUCCAAACUGAUGACGUUAACCAGAACCUAACAGGCAACUGUGAUUCCUAUAGGAAGAACCAGGACACGAAGAAAAGGAAAGCGGACCAUGUUAAUUGAGGAUCAGGUCACACAUGGGACUAUCACAAAGGAAUGUUCGGAAAUGACUUUUUAGUCAUGAAAUUGUUUCUAGGGAAUAAGCCUUAUGUCCAAGGAUUUACCUUGCUUCAGUCUCAACUUCAACAGAAGAGCUGACAAUUGGAGCCUGCUGCACAGGAAGCUGAGCAGCUGGAAAGCAAGCACUUUUAAAAAGCUGGUCACACACUGCAGUGGGGAGGCUCUGGGGACCUUAGGUGCCUUCUCUUGGCUCUUGAGGGUCUUCACUAUUUAUUCUUAGGCUAUUAUAGUAAUAGAUAUUUUAGGGAUCACCAGUGGCUACUUGCCCUCAAGCAGUAGAAGCCGUACUACUGCUGAGCAACAACUUGAACAACUGUCUCCAUUGCAUCACUGCAUGCUGCAUGUUAGGGCUCCAUGUGAGCCCAGCCAUGUGAGCUCUGGGCAGCCGGCCAAGAACAAACGCUGUGGUGGUUCACUGCUUUGCUUCAGUCCAGGUUGCAGUUGUCUUCUAUGAUAAUCUUGUUCAUAGAUUUACAAUGUCUUGCAUUUUUUCUUGAUCAAGGAAGUAAUGAUCUAAGAUCAAGGAAAGGGCAUUUUAAGAACGCAAAAUAAAUCCUCAAGCAGUGUUUAUAUUUCUUCACUUGAGAUGUGAAAUAUAACCCACCUCAACAUAAAUUGUUUUCUCAUAGCUGCUUUUCCCCCCAAAUGAGUUUCCAUGUUACUUUUUAUGGGAUGUUUUGGACCGCAUUUUUAUCUAAUCAUCUUGAAGCAGUGGCUUUUGUCAAUUUUGGGGUCACAGACCUGUUUGUGGGAAGCUGUGAGCCUGAGGCAAGGAGUCCCAAAGCCCAGGAAGGCGGUGAGCAGCGGCUUAGCCCUGACUUCCCUCGUACGCUGCCUCUUGUUGCACACUCAGCUAUGUAUUCAUCUUUUGAUUUUGAUAACAGUACCAUUUUCCUCAGAGAAACUAUUAUCUUCCGCUCUGCAGCAUAAUCUUAGUUCAGGUCAGAAGUGCCACUGAAAAAUUUUGUGGAGUUAAGAAUCCAGUUAUAAAUUAUGCACAACUCAAAACCGAGCUAAGAUCAUGAAAAAGGAAUUUGCUGGAAAUAAAACCCACAGCUCAACAAAAGCAAGUUUGGUUUAUUGAAUGGUUUCAUUAAAUAAGUCUACAAAGGUUACAAAGAAGCACAAGCGCCAUCUCACAAGAAGCACAACACCCAGAGUUAGUGCAAAAUGUACAAGUAACGGCUGCUGAGAAACCCCCAGGGUUUGGAUUCAGUUUGUUUUUUUAAACAGUACAUUGUUAAAUAAUGUAAGGAAAACAUUUAAUUCAGAAAGUUUUUUUAAUGUGGAAAAGUAACGUGUACUAUUAACACAAAAAUAAUUUAAACAGUUCAGUAGCACUAGUUCAUUUCUCUAGGCUUCAGUUAUUUCAUCCACAGGAGGGAAAAAUAAUGAAUAGUAAAUAAAAUCAGUUCUUAUUUUUUGUGUGUGAGGGGAAAGAUUCCAAAAUUAUUAAACCAAAAUAACCA